AUGAAGAUGAAAAUACGCGUUAAAAUAAUGGACCAAACGGACCAUCCCUUCGAAGUUGACGAUCAGAUCCUGUUAUCCGAGUUUCGUCUCCAAGUUGCUGAACGACUUAAUAUUCCUCCGGAAAGACAGCGCAUGAUAUUUGCUGGUCAUGUACUCAAAGCAGAGGACAACACUUUGGCAGCUUGCGGCUUGCAAGACGGUCAUGUGGUUCAUCUUGUCGAACGUCCAGCUGAUAUGCCCUUUCCUCCAAGUGAAGGAGAAACAAGCGCAACCCGUGAUCAUGACAAUGAUCACAACCAUCAUCAUCGACCUGUUCGAUUUCUUCAAAAUAUGUUUGGUCCGCAAACGAACGAACGAGAACGUGUCACCUAUGUGAUUCCUUUCGAGCGAAGUGGCAUCCUAGAAGAGAAUUCGCGUAUAGAGGAACUUGUUCGGUCCGCAAUCGAAAGAAUACCUUAUCUAACCGAUGAUCAGCGAAGCAGAUUUAACAUGCAUUGGGAUUCAAAUAACACCUUACACCUAGCACUUCCAAGUCAACGGAACCCUCAUAUCGCUUCUCCGGCUCUGGAGCGAAUCGCUUUGAUAGAGACUUUCUUAGAACAAAUUGCACAUUUUCACACUGUUGCAGAGGAACCGGGUGGAUUAGCUGAUAGGAUUGAUGAGUUCCUAGAAGGAUCACACAUAUACGACCGGGAAAAUACAACUGUUAUGAACGAUCAGCUGCGGAGUAUUGCAGUCACCCUCGAGCGAGAGGUGCUGAGUCGUUCUCGUCUCAUAGAUGCGCUGAGUAACGAGGAAACAGACCUCAAUGAAUCCGAUGAACAUGAAGCUCGGUUUCAGCGUGCCGAAGAGUCGGAAGGAAAUCCUGGAUAUGUGAUGAGGCAUGCACUCGCCUCGGACCUGGUAGAUAUAUUGCGGCGUCUACAAGCCGAACAUGAAGCUCUGAGAUCCCACUUUCUUCGCUUCGAUAGAAUUCUAAGCUCGCUUAUACUCUACGAUAUUGACGACGAAGAGCACAGUGACACCGACUACCGCGCUAACUUUUUCACUGUCUACAUGGAACAUCUGCAAAGGACUGUACACCGUUUUUCUCAUGCAUGGCACCUUGCAAGCGAUCUGAGUGUUUACCUGCACACCCCGAUGCCAAGGCGGUUACUGCCGAACUACCAACAAUUUCGGCUAUUGCCACCCACAGAGGGUCAGAUAAUAUUGGAAUUCCGUCCUCCACAAGGCGGAACACAAGGCCAAGCCACAACUAAUGAACCUUCAGCUAGGUUCCUGGAUAUGCCACCACCUGGUGUUGACGUUGCAGAACUUACUAAUCAAGAAGUUCGCAUAAUGGGACUUAAUCCAACCGUUCGGAGGAUGCAACAAAUGGGCAUAGCUGUUCCUGUGCCCAUCCCACCUGUUGGGCAGGUCAAUGUCCAAGCGGGAGGACCAUCGGGCCCACCUCGUAUCGCCCAGCGCCGGUUCAUGCCUUUGCAGAGAAAUAGUCCUCUUCAAGUUGCUUUCCGCCAGGCAACUGGAACAUUGCCUGGAUUCGCCUCUGCAUCGUCUUCUGGAUCUCAUUCUGAGCCUCCACGUGUUGAACAGACAACUACAAGGACCAGUCAGAAUGUACGGAAUUGUCUGCCAUCAAGUGCUAAUCGUCCCUUUACCCGAAGCCUUAGUGAUGUCGGCUCUUCGUCGAGUGUUUCACCGGUAGUGUCGUUGGAAAGAGACCUUUUGGAUGCGUUAGAGCAGGCUCUUCCUUCUGGAGAAUCCAAUAAUCCAUACGAACGUAUAAUGAGGAGAUUGCUACAGCUUGCCAAUGAUCGUAGCCAAAACGCUUCAAAUGUUCUUCAAAGUGCUUCAGUGCGACAGGCUUUUAGCCGCGUUACAUUUAAUCCCGAACCUGCAAGUCUCCCGUCUUCUACUGGCACUAAUACGCAAGAGGACAUCCCCAACCAGCAAGGACAAGUUCCCAGACUGGGGACUCUAGCUAGGGGUGUUAUUACGCAGUCAAGCGGAGAGAUGCCAUUCGUGUCGGAAGUUCUCUCUAACAUUAUGAGGAACAACGGUAUCACCGGCGGCAUACCUCCACAAGUUGACGUUUACGUAGAAUAUGGGAGCGGUGAUCAAAACCCAGGUAUGCCAGCGAUUCCACCACAGAUGCUAAAUAUGCCUAUGAAUGGAGCUCCUGCUGAGCCUCCUGUGGGAAGGCAACCUACUGCUGUUGGUUAUCAUGUUGAAGUCCACCAAUUCGAUGUUUUUACGAAUCCUCCUGAGCAAAAUUCUCAAAAUCCUGUUCAAAAUGGUCUUCCACCUAGCAGUACAGCUUCAUCCUCAACACCAGCUAAUGGUAGCAUUUCAAUGAGUACAACAAGACCUCCCAUUAGAAGUGGUUAUGCGCAGAACAGGCAGCGACAUCCGACAGGUUUCCCGUUUCUUAUGGGUAAUAUGGGUUUCCCUACCGAUCUACACGUUACUGCUCCUCGCCAAGAGGUUGUUAAUGUUGAUCCAUUCUUGUCGUGCAGCAGCCGUUUCACUGACGUACAACGUGUUUUGCGGAACAACAAUCCAAGUGUUACCACACAGUUGUCGCCAUAUCGUCAGUUUAUGAGAAACAUGAACGCAGCUCCAGCCAAUUCAGAUCGACGAUUCACGCCUAUCGAUGGCUACGAGCGUGUAAUGCUCGGACUCAAUGCGUCUAUGGAUGUUCUCAUGUCUGAUGAAAACAAUUUUGAAAGCUUCUUACACUUAGCUAUUCGAUCUGCGCUUAGCCUGAUGGUUCAUGCCGAUCAGGACAGGAAUUCUCAAAAUGCUCGUGGAACUUCUCCCCAUGUGUUUUCUAUGGGUCAGUCGAUGCAGUUACCUGGGGGUGGGGAGCUUGUCCAAGUGUCUACUCCAAUUCUUGUUCACGCUGAAGUUGAACAUCAUGUUGACACAAAUCAGGAAGAUACAACUUCCAAUCGUCCUGCUGAGAAUGGUACUCAGGACGCUUCUGAAGAUACUCCUGUUCAACCGCGAUUUGACUUCAUUCCUCAUGACGCAGAAGGGCGGAACAUCUUGACUGAAAUGGCGAACGCAAUGACAGCUGGGCUUGAUACAAGGAUAUCCACAAUACUGGAUGCGUCACAUGCUCCUGCAUCGAUGCUCAGACCCGGAAAUGGUGCUGGGGUUCUUGCUCAUCUUGAAGCCUUGUUGCUGAGUUUUGCCACUCUUGGAGAUCUUGCGAAUGUUAUCAACAUAAACAUGACACCGCUAGAGCAGCACCGCUCUCGGUUUCGUUCCCAUGUCAUAGAGAACCAGUUGAACGGCAAUUCGACUCCGUCUGAAGAAGAUUUAUUGUCUGCGUCGGAACGCCUGGCCGCACUCCGUUCCUCGAUAUCAUCUGUGAUUUGCUCAGCCGGUGGAGCGUUAGAGCGCGAGUGGAAUGGGAGACAAAUGAAUAUAUCGGAAACAAUCCGAAACGUGGAGAUUGCUACCAUCCAACAGUUGUUACGCGCAUUACUAGACAGAAACAUUUCGGAUGCCGAGUUCAGCCACCGUAUACAGAAUUGCUUGAGAGAUUACGUUCGUCAGCUCGUUGCGCUUGGUAACCAUUGUUUCGUGGAUGCGGACGAAACGGCGUACGUACGAAUAUUGUAUGAAAUAUUGAUGAGAGCUGACGUGGAGAGCAAUGACGCCAAUUUGACAGCUCUACUGCAUUUACGUAAUUCUAUAUUUCCACGAGUUGCAGCCUUUUUACGUGAACAAGGACGGUUUCCAAACCUCGAUGAAAUUCCAUCUCGUCUUCUUGCUUGGGCGAUUAUGAAUGAUGGAGCAGUGAACGAUGAAGCCACGAACAGAUGCGUGCAGUCGACAGCGCAGCGGAGUCUGCCGUAUGACCAGAGCAUUAAUGGAGCAAGAGAAGAUCAGGAUUUUGAUGAGACGCAAAAUCGUGGUGCUUCCUCGAAUGGACCGACUCCCGCCAAGAAACGAAAAGUCGACGAUGCGGACGUGCAUUCCGAUGAUAAGGACCUUGCACCAUCUACGUCUCGUGGAUCCUGUGAUAUGUUUGGUGCUACAUAUUUACCGGGAAGGGAUCCACUGACUGGUGCACAUCUUCAAGAUUACGACGGCGAUUGGCGACGAUCAUUCCCUGAUUGGCUCGAGAUAAUUGAAAGAGACUCUUUGUCUGCACAGACCAAUCCACGUCAACAUCGGAAUCACAGUGAUGUCUACCAACUUGCGCUUCCGGAACAUAUGAGAAGACAAGUUGUGUCUGGAAAUACAUCUGAGCGGGACGUGCUGGUAUCGGCGCUACAGGAGUCUCUUAACAACGCCCUUCGAGGAAAUACCCCGCCUGUCACUGAUGAACUUGUGAAUUCUCCUGCUGCAAUGGAGGCGAUCAAUGAAUUACUUGGUGUUGCUAUACAGCAUCGGCUUGAAGAUGACCCCGAUUAUGACCCGAGUCGAUAUCCUGAAACUGCUAGAAAAUUCGAAAGAAAGCCAUAA